ACCUUCACAUCCAGGGCCUUGUCCUGGCUUUAGGGAAGAGCCAAAGGAUGUUGGACAGGGAUUUGGUGCCAUGUUUUCCCACAGCUGCUGCCAUGUGGAGCUGCCUGGGGCCCAUCCUGCUGUUCCUGGUGCUGGCCGUCGUCCCCGCGCGCGCGGCGCUGAAGGUCACCCCAGCCGUGCUCUACACCAAGCCCAAACCUUCCCCAUCUGUCCCGGGGAAAAUCCCAUUCCCGGCAGCGCCCGGCAGAGCUGAGUUCCCCACGCUCUUCCCCUUGGAGAAUUCCACGCUGGACUCGGCCGAGUUCUUCUUCAACUGCUGCGACUGCUGCCCACCCACGGCGGGGCCUCGGGGCUGGCCGGGGCCACAGGGACCCCCAGGUCCCAGAGGGGAGAAGGGAGAUGCUGGGCUGCCAGGGCUGCCGGGAACUCCUGGCUCUCAAGGUCCAAAGGGCUCUAAAGGAGAAAGAGGAGGAAAAGGGGAGCAAGGGGAGCGAGGAGUGAGUGGAAGCCCCGGUUAUCCAGGGAAACCUGGGCUGCAAGGUGAAGCUGGAGCCAAAGGCAAUAAGGGCAACCACGGCUUCCCUGGACUGAAGGGACAAAAGGGUGCCAAAGGGGACACCUGUGACAACGGCACCAAAGGCGACAAAGGGGACAAGGGGGAUCCUGGAGAGCCGGGAGCGGGUGGAGAACAGGGGGACAAGGGAGAAAAGGGGGACACGGGGGAAAAGGGAUACUGUGGGGAGCCGGGGGGGAGAGGGGCCAAGGGGGACAGAGGGGAAGGCGGCACCAAGGGGGAAAAGGGCAGCAAAGGGGACACGGGCGCCGAGGGCACGCGGGGGGCGGCUGGCAAACAGGGAGAGAAGGGCGAGCAGGGNNGCAAGGGUGACAAAGGGGACCUGGGCCCCGCGGGCCUGGCGGGCCCCAGCGGGCCCAAGGGCGACCCCGGCACCAAGGGCGGCCGCGGAGCCCCGGGCAGGAAAGGCUCCCGCGGGGCCAAGGGCGCCCGUGGGGACGUCCCCAAGUCCCCGCGCUCGGCCUUCAGCGCGGGGCUGUCCAGGCCCUUCCCUCCUCCCAACGUGCCCAUCAGGUUUGAUCGCGUGUGGUACGACGAGCGCCAUGACUACGACCCCGCCACGGGCAAGUUCAACUGCAGCGUGCCCGGCGCCUACGUCUUCUCCUACCACGUCACCGUGCGUGGCCGGCCUGCCCGCCUCAGCCUCGUGGCCAGCAGCAGGAGGGUGGCCAAGGCCAGGGACACCCUCUACGGCCAGGACAUCGACCAGGCCUCCUUCCUGACCAUCCUCAAGCUGAGGGUUGGUGACCAAGUGUGGCUGGAGGUUGGGAAGGACUGGAACGGGCUCUACGCCGGCGCGGAGGACGACAGCGUCUUCACGGGGUUCCUGCUGUACCCAGAUGGUUUCGAGGUCAUUCUCUGAGUUUUUGGUGUGAAGAUAACCCUGAGGAACAUCUUUUCCCUCUGGGUGUGAGAGGAGAAAAGGGCAGCACCUUGGUUUAGUUGUUAUUUUCGUGAUGUUUUAACAAAAAUGUUGGCAUGUGCGAGGCGUGGAUUACUUUGAAGAUGUCACACAUCCUUUGUCCAUUGUCCAAACAUUAACAGGACCAGCGUGGGGAAGGUAUUUCCCAGCACAGUUUGGAAUUAGAAUAUUCAAAUCAUGGAAUGAAACUCCUUCCCAGCUCCUGCAGGCCUUGCAUGGUCCAAACUCGCUCUAGGAAUCAGUUCUGAUUUUGAUAAAAAUGCCAGGGUUUGAUUUAUAGAGCUCAGCCAGAUGGCAACAUGAGCAGUAGGUCCCUUGAAAUCACCUGAAAAGAUUUAGAGCUCUUUUAUCCUUGAAUCAGUAUUAUUUAGUGCUUUAGUCUUGGUCAUGAAUUAUAGAAAAGAAUUGUCUAAAAGAAUAUUAGAUCAGCGUAAA